AAUGGAGUAUUCAUCAAAACUUCGUUUUGCGGUCAGUUGUUCCAGUAAUAUGAAUCGUUCAAUGGAAGCACAUGGCAUCUUAAAAAAACGUGGCUUCAAUAUCGAAUCGUAUGGGUCUGGAAAUCAAGUGAAAAUGCCAGGACCAACAGUAGAUAAGCCCAAUUGUUAUGAGUUUGGGCCAACGACGUAUGAAGACAUUUAUGCGGAUUUAACAAACAAAGAUCUUCACUUAUACACACAAAACGGACUUCUUCAUAUGGUUGACCGAAAUCGACGAAUCAAAUCUCGCCCACAGCGAUUUCAAGCAGAAACUCGUGAAUUCGACAUUGUUCUUUGUUUGGAAGAAAGAGUUUUCGAUCAGGUCGUAGACUUCUUAAACCGCAGCGUUGGUAAAUCUGGGAACCCAGUCCACGUUAUCAACAUCGACAUUGAAGAUAACGCAGAAGAAGCUACAUUUGGAGCAUUCUUCGUAGCUGAUCUCUGCGAAAAGCUCGAAAGAUCUGAAGACUUCGAAGAAGAUAUAGAUCAAAUAAUCACCGACCUCGAAGAGAAUAAUCCAAAAAGAAACCUUCUCCACACAAUAUGUUUUUAUUAAUUUUUCAAUGUUAAUUAAAUUAUUAUACGAUGAUAUUUUUUUAAACCAACAAAAAC